GAGUCCUCCCUCCUGCUCUUCACAUGAUCUGAAAGCUUUCACAGAGGAGAGACAGGAAUGUGCAAAGGAGCGACUACAUCAGUGGCUGAUCGAAGCCACGCUGCCUCCACAAUGUCUUUAUUUCACACUGUGGCUGUCUGCGUGACCCUCAUCCACUACACCAACGGAAUCCCAUGGACAGAAGAAAAGUUGUACCACACAGCUGUCACGCUAACACAGGAUGAGAUCCGCGCUGCCCUGUCGCACACUGAUGUAGAGCAAAUGUGGCAGAGGGACCUGAGACCACUGCUCGUUACCAGGUAUCCAGGGUCUGCUGGCAGCCAGGCUGUGCAGGACCACAUCAAAACAACCCUCGGUUCGCUCGGAGCACAGUGGGACGUUACAGAGGACAAGUUUGUGUCACAAACACCAUAUGGACCUCUGCCCUUCACCAGCCUAAUUGCCACCCUGAACCCAUCAGCCAAACGCCGCCUGGUCCUAGCCUGUCACUACGACUCCAAGUACUACCCACCACAAUGGCACGGAAGAGAGUUCCAAGGAGCCACGGAUUCUGCCGUUCCCUGUGCCAUGAUGUUGGAGCUGGCAAGAGCCCUGGAUCUGGAUCUGAAAGCUCACAAGAGCUUAAAUUCCAACCUGACCCUGCAGUUACUCUUCUUUGAUGGGGAGGAGGCUCUUUUUCAGUGGACCGCCACAGACUCCCUGUAUGGCUCUCGCCACCUUGCCCAGAAGAUGGAGGCCACCGCGCAUCCUCCAGGAGCCGCAGACACCAACCAACUGCACGGCAUUGAUCUGUUUGUGUUGUUGGAUCUGAUCGGCGCUCCCAGUCCUCGCUUUGGCAACCAGUUUCCAAGCACAACAGCCUGGCUCUCCAGACUUCAGCACAUCGAAAAGCGUCUUCACUCCAUGAGCCAGCUGGUGGACCAUCCUAACAGCGUGCAGUAUUUCUGGCCAAAUCACCAUGUGGGCCAUGUGCUGGAUGACCAUAUACCUUUCCUAAACAGAGGUGUUCGGGUCCUUCACCUUAUCCCCUCCCCCUUUCCGUCUGUGUGGCACACGUUUGAUGACAACGAGCAAAACCUGGACCGUUCCACUAUUGAGAACCUCAAUAAGAUCCUGCAGGUUUUUGUUUUGGAGUACCUCAGCGCCAGACCCACCGUUCCUUCAAAUCCACAGAAUGCCCCCUAAAGCUCCCUGUAAACCCUUCAUCCUUUGAUGUCUCACUGUAGUAAAGAUCCUCAGCUGCCACUUUAAAGACACAGAGCAUUCACUGCAUUAACCUCUAUUUAUAUACUGAGACGCAUAUGUACUGCUUAACUUAAUGACUGAGAUAAAAGGGUUAAAUUGUGUGCAUCAGACGAGUGCUUGUUGUAGAGAACAUUUUCCAUAGAUGAUCUUUAGAAAUAUUGAUCUAACCUGCAUUUUUAUUUUGAAAGUCUGAAAGUUGUAUGCGUGUAAAAUGAAAGAUGAGGCUCAUCAGAGAGACUAAGGCUUCAUAGCUUCUUCAUUUCAAGCCCCCAGCAACAAUUCGAGCACAAAGGACCAUCAGUGUGUUUCUGCAACACUGCUCUCUUUGUAUCAGUCAAAGGCCUUCCUUAUACCGCGAGGAUUCAUCUCAGCGCCAACACUAACAUCGAGGAUCUUUACCACGCCUCAAAAAGUCGAAAUAAGAGCAGCGCUGUGUUAAAAACAGUUUUCAUUUUACACACUUUCUCAGUAACAAUGAAGUAAAUGAAGCCACUAAGAUCUAAAUUGGAGAUAAUUUCAUUAUGGAUUGCUUUUGGAAUGCCCUCAAACACUUGCUUAUAGUCAUUUGAUGACAUUCAGAAUCCCCAGUCGGGCAUGCUGUGUGAGAAAUAUAGUCAGACCACCCACACAGCUGCUACCAAACAUAUUGAGUAUAUGGCGACACACAUGCCACACUGUGCGAAAUUUCCCCUCCUAUAUUAAACCUGUUCGGUGUUUAGAGAACAAACCUGUCAGUAGCAGGAAGUGUGGUUAAUUUGUACUAAAACAACAUCUUUAGCCUUUUAUAUCCUCUCAUCUUAGGUGAAGUGGAUGACUUCCUGUGCUGAUGUUUCAUGUGCCUGUCUUUGUUUAUAUGACGUUAUUAGCUUGGUUUUAAUGUAAAUGCCAGAAUAAUAUACUCUGCCAAAACUGGACUUCCUGUAUUUGGAGACUGAAAUAAAUGUUGAUUCAGAAAACAAA